CUGGAAGUAUUGGGAAUUGUUGGACUAGAUGAUCUUUUCCAACCUUGCUAAUUCUGUGAUUCUCUAAUGGUGUGGGGCAUCUGUUACACCCGUCUUGCAGCUGAUGGUUUGUCUCAUGCUGACAGACCCAUGUGGUGGAUAAGCUGGGAGCCAGUCUGCUGCUGUGCCGUAAGCCUGUCUGUUACAGGAGAAAGGAUCAUGGAUUUUCCGGGACACUUUGAGCAAAUCUUUCAGCAGCUCAACUACCAGAGGCUUCACGGCCAACUUUGUGACUGCGUCAUUGUGGUGGGAAACAGGCAUUUCAAAGCCCAUCGCUCUGUUUUAGCAGCAUGCAGUACCCAUUUCCGAGCUCUCUUCACUGUAGCAGAAGGAGAUCAAAGCAUGAAUAUGAUUCAGCUGGAUAGUGAAGUGGUGACAGCAGAAGCCUUUGCUGCUCUCAUAGACAUGAUGUACACUUCUACACUUAUGCUUGGAGAGAGCAACGUUAUGGAUAUCUUGCUGGCUGCAUCUCACUUGCAUUUGAACUCUGUAGUUAAAGCAUGCAAACACUACCUUACUACCAGGACACUGCCGAUGUCUCCACCGAGCGAUAGGGUUCAAGAGCAAAACGCACGCAUUCAAAGGUCUUUCAUGCUUCAGCAGCUUGGGCUGAGCAUUGUGAGCUCUGCGUUGAAUUCCACUCAGAGCUCAGAGGAGCAGCCAAGCACUAUGAGUUCCACGAUGAGAAGCAACAUAGAGCAGCGCUCUGCUUUUCCUAUUCGCCGCCUCCACAAGCGUAAGCAGUCUUCUGAAGAUCGGGCCAGGCAGCGAAUGAGGCCUGCCAUAGAUGAGGCUGUUUCUGAUGUGGCUCCAGAGAGCGGGCAGUCAGUUGUUCAUUCACGGGAGGAUUUCUUUUCACCAGAUUCACUGAAGAUAGUGGACAACUCUAAGGCUGAUGCUGUCACUGAUAACCAGGAGGAUAAUAACAUUAUGUUUGAUCAGUCUUUCAGUGCUCAGGAAGACACUCAAGUACCCAGCCAGUCUGACAACAGUGGAGGAAACAUUUCACAGAUGUCCAUGGCAUCGCAAGCAACACAAGUGGAAACCAGCUUUGACCAGGAGGCUACAUCUGAGAAAAACAACUUCCCGUGUGACAAUCCAGAGGUCAGCAUAAAUGAAAAAGAGCACAUGAGGGUGGUUGUUAAAUCCGAGCCCUUGAGUUCCCCGGAGCCUCAGGACGAGGUGAGUGAUGUCACCUCCCAAGCAGAAGGCAGCGAGUCUGUUGAAGUGGAAGGAGGAGUUGUGAGUGCAGAGAAGAUAGAGCUGAGUCCUGAGAGCAGUGAUCGCAGCUUUUCUGAUCCGCAGUCUACUACAGAUAGGGUGGGAGAUAUCCAUAUUAUGGAGGUGUCAAAUAACCUGGAACACAAGUCUACUUUCAGUAUCUCAAAUUUUCUGAAUAAAGGCAGAGGUGGCAGCUACGGUGCUAGUCAAACUACUGAUGACAACAUUCCAAAUACAACAAGUGACUGCAGAAUGGACAGUGAUGCUUCUUUCCUGAUGAGUCCAGAGUCAGGACCUGCUGGUGGUCAUUCAUCUGCCACAGUCUCUCAUGUUGAGAAUCCCUUCAGUGAGCCUGCAGAGUCCCAUUUUGUUAGACCAAUGCAGGAUGUGAUGGGUCUCCCCUGUGUACAGACUUCUGGGUACCGGGCUGCAGAACAGUUUGGUAUGGACUUUCCAGGGUCAGGCUUAGGCCUGCAUUCUCUCUCAAGGGCAAUGAUAGGCUCCAUAAGAGGGGGAGUCAGUAGCUCUCCUGGCUACCGCCGCAUAGCCCCCAAAAUGCCUGUUGUAACCUCUGUCAGGAGCUCCCAGCUGCAGGAUAACUCACCCAGUUCCCAGCUGAUCAUCAAUGGGACCACUUCUUUUGAAAAUGGGCAUCCUUCACAACCUGGUCCUCCACAGCUGACGCGGGCAUCUGCAGAUGUUCUUUCAAAGUGUAAGAAAGCCUUAUCUGAGCACAAUGUCUUGGUUGUAGAAGGUGCACGCAAAUAUGCAUGUAAGAUCUGCUGCAAGACUUUUCUGACCUUAACGGACUGUAAGAAACACAUCCGUGUGCACACGGGAGAGAAGCCUUAUGCCUGCCUGAAGUGUGGCAAACGGUUCAGCCAGUCCAGCCACCUUUAUAAACAUUCCAAAACGACCUGCCUGAGGUGGCAGAGUAGCAACCUACCUAGCACUUUGCUUUAACUGCUCGCACCUCCCAGCCUGAAUGAGAGUGCCAGUACAAACUCUUAACUCUCCGAAGCACUGCAGGAGCAUUAACACUAUUUUGCUCAAGCUGAGAAGCUGCUUUCGUAGGUCUGUGAACAGUUGUGUGUGGUUGUGCCACACGCUAAAGUCUUGAUUCUAUAAAUUGGGGAUAAUACCAUACCUACCUCACAGGGGUGUUGUGAGGAUUAGACAACUGUUAGCAAAUAACUUUGAGGUCCUCAGAAGUCUGUAGAUACGUAAAACGUUAUUGUUAUGUACAUGCAGACUUGGGGCUCAAUGGGGAUAAGGUCCCUACAUAAAAUUUCCUUUGCAAAACAGAGGGGUGGGGAUUGAGUGAGAGUGUAGUUGUCUCACAGAAUCAUAGAAUGGCUUGGGUUGGAAGGGACCUUAAAGUUCAUCGUGUUCCAACCUCCCUGCCAUGGGCAGGGUUGCCACCCACUAGAUCAGGUUGCCUAGAACCCCAUCCAACCUCCAUGAAUGGGGCAUCCAGAGCUUCUGUGGGCAGCCUGUUCCAGUGCCUCACUACCUUUGAUAGUGAAAAUUUUCUUCAUAAUAUCUAGUCUAAAUCUACUCUCUUCUAGUGUAAAGCCAUUACUCCGUGUCCUACCAUUACAAUCCCUGAAGAAAAGUCGCUCCCAAGGUUUCCUGUAGGGCUCUCUAGGUAUUGGAAGGCUGCAGUGAGAUCUCUCUGGAGCCUUCUCUUCUCCAGGCUGAACAAGCCCAGCUCUCAGCCUGUCUUUGUCAGAGAGGUGCUUCAGCCCCCUGAUAUCUUCAUGGCCUUCUCUGGAUCCGCUCCACCUGCUCUGUGUCUUUCUUGUGCUGGGGGCUCUAGGCCUGAAUACAGUACUCUGGCUGGGGCCUCACAAAGGCAGAGCAGAGGCAGACAGUCUCCUCCCUGCCCUGCUGCCACCCCUCUGUUGAUGCAGCCCAGGAAGCAUACGGCCAUCUGGGUUGCAAGCGCACACUGCUGGCUCAUGCCCAACAUUCUGCCCACCAGGAGCCCAAGUCCUUCUCCACAGGGCUGCUCUUAAGGAGUUCUUCUCCCUGUCUUUACAUGUCCUUGGGACUGCCCCUAUCAUUGUGUAGCACUUGACCUUGUUGAACCUCAUUAAGUUCACAUAGGCCUCAUUCUCAGUCUUGUUCAGGUCCUUUUGGAUGGCAUCCCUUCCUUCUUUUGUGUCUACUGCACCGCUCAGCUUGGUGUCUUCAGCACAUGUGCUGAGGGUACCCUCAAUCCCAGUAUCUUGGUCAUUGAAAAAGAUGUUAAAGAGCACCAGUCCAAAGAUGGAUCCCUGGGGAACACCGCUCAUGACUAGCCUUCAGCUGGACGCAGAGCAGUGGACUGCAACCAUCUUGCUGUGAACAUCCAUCCAUUUCCUUAUCCACUAUGUAGUACACCCUUCACUAUCUAAUUAAGAGAUAAGGAUGUGGCUAAGGACCACGUCAGAGGCAUUCCAGAAGUCCAGGCAUUGGUCUUUCCCUGUUCACUGAUGUUUCUCUAUCAUGAAGGCCAUCGGAUUGGUCAGGCACAGUCUGCCCUUUUUGAAGCCAUGCUGGCUGUCUCAGAUCACCUCCUUGUCUGGCCUGUGCCUUAACGUAGCUUCCAGGAGAUCUGUUGCACGAUCUUCCCAGGCACAGCCGUGAGGCUCACCAGCUUCUAAUUCCCCCCAGUCUUCCUAGGUUAAAAAAUGGCUCCUUUCCUUCCUUAAAUAAUGGGUCACUGGGGAUUUCACCUGUCAACACUGGCUUUUCAAAAAUGAUGGAGAGUGUCUGAGCAGCCACAUCAUCCAGCUCCUUCAGGACCCCGGGGUGCUUGUCAUCUGGCUACAUGGACCUGUACAUGUUCAGUGUUGUCAUGUGGUCUUGAACUUGCUCUUCUCUUACAGCAGGAGGGAUUUUGUCCCCACCAGCUGCUGCCCAGGGGUUCAGGGAUGUGAAGGUGCACAGAUACAAGAGACACAGGAAGCCUGGCUGCCAGUGAACAGGCCAAGAACUCAUUGAGUACCUCAGCCUUUUUGAUCUCUGUCGAAGCCAGAGCUCCCUUCUCACUAUUCAGAGGAGAUACCCUCUCCUUGGCCUGUCUCUUCUGUCCUAUGUACCCCUCCUGUUAGUUUUCACAUCCCUUGCCAAGUGCAGUUCCAUCCAUGCCUUGGCUUUCCUGAUCCCAUCUCUGCACAUCCAGAUGGCAUCCCUGUAUUCUUCCCAGGCCACAUGUCCCUGUUUCCACUGCCUGUGCAUUUCCUUCUUUUCCCUCAGUUUGACCAACAGGUCCUUGCUCAGUCACUCCAGUUUCCUGCCUCCUCUGCUUGAUUUCUUUUACUUGGGGAUGUAGAGAUCUUGUGCUCUCAGAAAUAUGUUCAUAGAGAGCUGAUGGCUCUGUUUUGUUCCUUUUCCCCCCCAGGACAGCUUCCCAAGGGGAUCUCAUCCAGUAAUUCCUUAAUUAGCUGGAAUCUCUCUCUGCUGAAGUUCAGCGACCUGCUCAUCUCCAGGUCCAUGUUACCAUGAACUCAGCCAGGACACGGUCACUGCAGUGCAGGCUGCCUCCAGUCUGACCCUGUGUGAAGCUCCAGUAACAUUUUGCUUCUGCUUGGUUUGCCUAAUUCCUGAGCUGGGAAGUUGUCCCCCACACGUUCGUGAAGUAACACAUUUCGAGAAUGAGAAACUGAAGUGCAAAUUUCCUAUUUUUUUUUUUUUUCUAAAAUAUUUUGUAAAAGUGAAAGCAUUUAAAUAAAUAACCUGCAGAAGUCAAGCUGUUGCAUUAGGUGUGAACAAUAAUGCAAGGAGCUGUUUGCUCCAGCUAAUGCAGGUUGUGUAUCUUGAAAAGAAAACCAACUUUGGAUGCAUCUGUCUGACAUAGAAUGCUUUAAAGUAUGCUAAUUAUGAAAAUAGUUUAGGGUUCUGAAUGUAUGUUUGCUUGUUUUGUAGUAAAAAACACUGUGUAAUGAAGGUGCUUAAAUUAAAUCCAAGAAAAAGUAAAUUUUGGACUACCAGAUGUAUAUAUAUACUUGGAAUACUGCAAGAUCUGGAUGUUUCACCAAUAUUUUUCUGUAGAAACUUGUAUUAAGUGAUAAGUGAAGUUUGUUUCUUGUUUGUGCUAUUCUUAGCAGUAUUUUAACCAAUUUGUAUUUCCUAUCUUAAAAUUCCAUAUACACAAAAGUCUGAAAAAGAGCUUGUCUUUGUCUGCUUUGUUGUUUUCUGCAAGAGGGAGUUUGUGAUGGUGUUGGUACGUGAAAUCGCCUCUUGCUGCUUCCAGACAUGCCCGCAGUCAGUCUGAUCCACGCUGCUGCCCAGGCACACCUCUCUUUUUUGGCACUCUUUAGCUUCAGGCUUUGAUUUCCUCUCCUGGACACUCACUUCCCCUCUCAGCUGCGGGUUGUCCCUCAGAGCAGAGCAGUGGGGAUGGAGCCUCAUUAUCCAUGUUUACUUACGUCUCUAUGUAAAGUGUAGCUAUCAAAUCCAGUCUUUCUGUUUGAAGUAGUGUCAUAAAUAUACUUUUCCACAACAACAAUUAAAAAAAAAAACCCUAGGUUACUUUAAUUAAAAAAGAAUAGCACUGCAUGCUUUGUAAGGCAGAAAUUCAGUGAUCUUUAUUCUUCAGCAGAACUACAUAAGUCAUGUUAUCACUCCUCCCCUUUGAUGCCAUUGUAACUAGUAGCAUUUGCAGUCUCUUUUCUUUGUUAAAGGUGCACAUGAACUACCAGCUUUCACAUCCUGGGUCUCUGCAAGAUGGUAUUUUAGUCACAGAGCAACUGAUUCCUAUUGAUAUAAACGUAUUUGCAAGCUUUCUCCUUUUCCUUUAAAUUCUGUGGGUAGUAAAUGUAUUCAAGAGUAGAGUAAUGUCCUCUACUCGGCAGUUUUAAGGAGUCUGUGCUCCAUAGUGGAUAAUCUUAAACAUCUUGGAUUUCCAUUUGAGGAAACAAUGUAAAAUCCCCAUCCAGGGUCCCGACAGUCAUUCAGCAAGAUGAGGUGUGAAAAUCAUCGAGGCUUCCAAACCAGACACCAUCAGACCAAAGGAAAGAUAGGAGAAGCUCUGUAUUUGACUUAUAUGUGCAACAGCAGUGAGCUAAGGGGGGAUGUGUGGGGACCCCUCUCCAUGCUGAGAAGAAGACUGCCAAAUGUCUGCCAUGCGUCAUUGGCACCUCGAGCAGCCAAGGUAAGGAGGAGCGUGGAAACACCACCAGUGCUUGGGUUAACUCCUUUGCUUAGUGGCUGUAUUCCGAGCUCGUGAUUUUUAAGGAUGUGCAGAAAUGUGCCACGUUUUCAAAAGGCAGCAGGAUGUGCCACAUGUAGUUUGAUAACCAUUCUGGUAUCAGGGGACCAAAAGCACUGAGGCAUGCUAACCAAUCUCACGGAAACAUCAAUAAAAAUGUGGAAUUUGCUACCUUACUGUUUUCUUGUCAUGCCUUAUCAGGAGCACUAUGGCUGAUUAUAUCUCCUCCUUGCAUUUCUACCAGUUUGUUGAGGAUUUUUCUAGUUUUUUUCUAUUUUCUUUUUUCACUACUUCCUACGGUGCUUCUGAAAUCCUACAGCACAGCAGUAAAGAAGCUGUGUGAGCAAGGAGAUUAAUCAGGAGCUAAUGCUGAGCAGGUAAACAUAUUAAACUGUACUUCUUGACUACUUUCUAAUAAUACAUUUUCACACUGAAAUGUCAGACCUGGUGUGGGAGGACUUUCUUAAAUAAAGGCUUGUAUUUGGAGCA